AUGAAGUUCUUUCGCGUUCCUUUCGGCCAGGUAAUAUCAAACUGCUGCUUAGAUGAUUAUUUGGAGAGGAAAACCAGCGAUAGAGAAGAUGGUAUCGUAACAACCUUAAAACAAAAGCAAAUAAAGAAAACAAUUUUCCCGAACAAGGAAAAAGAGCGGCGUAACGAACCAUUUUUGGCUCGUGUGCGUCAGACACUGGAUAACCCAAACUAUUCUUUAUAUGCGCUUGUGUUACACAUAUUCAUUACCGUGACGAUCUUCGUCAACGUAUUCGCAAAUAUUGCAGAGACUUGUCCAUGUAACCACGACUUAAACUGUGGUGCUGCGUUUCCACGGAUGUUUUUCGCAAUCGACUCUUUCUGUGUAGCUGUGUUUACACUAGAGUACUUUAUGGGUGUCAUAUCUUCCCUGUCACCAUGGAGACACAUUCGGGCAUCAUCAAACAUGAUCGACCUCAUGGCGAUUGUGCCAUUUUACUUAAACCUUGUAGUCGAGCAUACCACGAAUUCUGCCUCGGGAGAACUCGGCUCUCUUUCGGUUCUUCGUGUAUUUCGCAUCGUGAAACUCGCUCGUUACUCGGAUAAGCUGACAGAACUUGUCAAGUCCAUCAAGAACUCUUCCAAGGAGUUGUCGCUUAUUGUUUUUAUAUACUCCCUAACUGUCGUGCUCUUCUCAAGUAUCGCGUAUUACGUGGAAAAAGACGUGGAGGAUACGAACUUUUCGAGCAUUGCGGCCGCCAUGUGGUACACUAUAGUCACGACUACAACACUAGGGUACGGAGACAUGGUACCGCUGACCGUCGUGGGUAAGAUCUUAGGCGGCAUGUGCUGCCUGAUGGGCGCACUUGUGGUGUCUUUACCCGUGCCCGUCACCCUCCUUAAAGGCCAAAGGCUUAAGCGAAGCAAGUAA